CCCAGCGAGGGGCACGGAGAAGAAAAGAGCCUCAGCAGUGGUCUGGUGGAGCGGAGGAAGAAAGAGGACCCCAACGCUCAUGCAUUGGGCAAGAAGUGACGCAGCCUUUGAGAAAACAUUGGUAGAUGCAGGUGAACUUGCGGAGGAGUUGGAUGUACCGGCACUUUUUGAACCAGUUUCAAUCCGUAUUAGAAAGAAGAGGAAGCAGUUCACAUAUGAAGCAGAUGACGAACCUAUUUAUGAUCCGGAAGAAAAAUUCAAAGUGAACUUUUACUUUGCAGUCAUUGACACAGCAAUACAUUCGGUUGAAGAAAGAUUCACAUUGAUGCAGCAAAUUAGUUCAGUAUUUGGCUUCAUAUAUGAUGUUUACAGUUUGCAAAAUAAAACACCAAAGCAAAUUAUGGAACAUUGCUUGAAUCUGGAGAAAGCUUUGCAACAUGGUGAAUCCAAAGAUAUUGAUGCCUUUGACUUGUGCAGUGAAUUGCAAGAUAUUGCAAGACGAGUCCAAAGGAGUUCAUCACCGCAAGAUGUAUUGAACUUCAUAUGGGAAAAUAAGCUGACAGAUAGUGUCCCUAACACAGUUAUUGCUCUUCGCAUCCUCUUGACUCUCCCAGUUUCUGUGGCCAGUGGUGAGCGAAGCUUCUCGAAGCUCAAGUUGAUAAAAACAUAUAUGCGAACAUCAAUGUUGCAACAAAGACUUGUUGGGCUAUCUACCUUGUCAAUAGAACAUGACAUUGCUCACAGCAUUGACUUGGAGGAACUUGUUUCUAAAUUUGCUAAACUUAAAGCGCAGAAACAUAAAUUCUAAA